GUUUGAUCAUUUUUAGUGGUGUAUAGUGUAAUAACUAAUAAGUGUGCUUUAAAAUGAAAAUCAAAUUUGAUACAAUUAUAAAAAAAUACAACAACAAAACUCUAACAAUACGAUGGAAUCUAUAACACAAAUUUUAAUUUUACUUGUGAUCGUAUCUUCCUGUAUGGCAGCAACACUGAAUACACUCAACGGACAAAAAAAGGAGAAACGCAGUGGCCGAUUUUGUCCUCCGAUGGGAUACAAGGAAAAAUAUGAGGUAGCUUUUUUAGAUAAUGCGCAGCCAUUGUACGGAUGCGCAUACCUGAAUCACGACUGGAAUCUUAGCGAUGUUCCACUGUUUCAUUUAUGGCUUGAACGACCCGAGGAGCAGAGCAUCAUACCCACAUAUUGCAAGAACACAAGUAAUAUGAACCAUUACAUUUUCGAGUGCUUGUCAAAUGAUGAAUCCGCCAAUCCGGAAGAGGUUGAAAAAGGUUUUCAGUAUAUGUCCUUAUUUGAAUAUAAGCCAAACAAAUAUGGUCAACACGGCUCUAACACGAACGAGCCAUCUUUCAGAUGUGCCGUGUACGUCGCUGAUGAAUACAAAAAUUAUGGGGUUGUGGUAAUUCGAAUGGCACUUAGCAGAGGAAAAGCAGAGCAUUUCACUGUAAGACAGUGCGAAGGUCUAUCGAAUAUUCUGGAAGAUAGAAAUCUGAUAUACGACCCUAAGUCUCAACAAUAUUGGCCCGAAGGAGCUUCAUAUGUAUUUGUAAUGGGAGACCUCCAGCCUAAAAGACGUACAACUACAACAACUACAACUACUACAACUUCUACAACUACUACAACUACGCAAAAACCACCUGUAUCAUUUCUUUACUUUUUAUCUAUGAUACGGGGUGAACUCGCAUAGAAAAAAAUACUGUUAAAUUAUACUACUAUUGAUAACAUAGUUUUUUAAUAAUUUAAUUGUAUGAACAUUAUUAUUAUUGUACAUCAUGCACAUAUGUCAUACAUGAUAUAUAAAUAUAAUAAUAUGAAACUUUCAGAUUUAA